AUGAACAUGGAUUUGGAAACUGCAGAUGAAUCUGACCUAACUGGCAGCCCAGAUGUGUUUCAUGGAACUCCUCUAGGAGAUUAUUUAAGCGAUGCAGGAAUGUCCGACUGGGGAAUAGACGACGGUUCAAGCGCUAGACAGAGCAUUAUUGGAGAUGCAGGAUUUGGCGACGCUAAACAGGCAAUUCUUAACGAUAAUGAUUUCUAUCAAAGCGAUGAUGAUGAUAAAGAUCAAAGCUCACGCUUUGAUACCAAAGAAGAAUCAAUAAUGCGCGGACGAAUUAUAGCAGCUGCUUCUAUUCCAUUUCCAUUAUCACUAAGUGCGGGUGGUAUGUCACUACCUCAAGUACGCAAGCAAAAGUUUUUUGAGAUUAUCCGUAAUGCUUUGAAACCACAACUGAAUGGUAUUGAGAAUACGAAAUUCCUGGAAAGAUUCAGAUAUAUUCUCAUUAGCUCACAAUUGUUGGAGUCUACAACCACGUCCAUGGUAGCUAAUCACAAUAUAGACCCUGUGACUCGACAAAAAUUAAGAAAGCAAAACAUUUUAUUUGGAGAUCAUGGCCCAUGGGAGACGCUUAAGAUGCAGAGAAAAUACUGGUCCGGUGGGGGUGGCUGUAUAGUGGUAAUUGUUACUCUACUGUCUUGGCAGAUGAAAAAAGCGAAGCAAUUACGACAUGACCCCAAAGACGGAAAUAACUCGGCUACAUAUUAUAGGUGUACAUGUGGGCUUAUUGUGAUACUGUGCACCUUCUUAUUCCUUUUUGGGCAUUCUCGAAGGAGGGCACUCCGAAUGUUGCGUGCUAAGACUAUCGCCUAUGCAUCUCACUUCGUCGAAAACAAUCUAUCGUUUGACGUGGCUGUCUCAAAAUGCCUAUCUCUCAUCCAAGAAGUUGAUCUGCUUAGUAUGGGAUACCAGCCCAGUCUGGCCGAUGCUUCAGUAAUUGGCAGUCGUAUUCCUGGAUCCAGAUUAAUGGCGAAAGAUAAUAUCAAGCAGAUGAGAACUGCCAAGUCGCUGCGGUCGGCUGUUUCCUCAAGUCUAUACCUGGCCAUCACAGCGUACCUAGAUGCUAUUAAGGAAUGCUUGGGCUGCUGUUCAGAGCUUGAUCUGCAGCGGUAUUUUGAUAUCUAUGAACUGCAAGGCCCCCAGCAGGAGUUUUCGUUUGUCAUGAAUGAUGAUUUCGUUGGUUUUACCAAUACUACAGGUUGGGGAUCACUAGCUAAAGAAGUUUACUAUGGAUCCAAUGGCGGAAAUGUGUCCCUUAAAUUUCUCCGCAACGAAUUCAAGCGCUUACAUUUCCUUAGAAGAGCUUUUAUAUGCUGCUUAAUAUCUGCCUCUGCAUCAGGAGAGUGCACAAGACAAGAGCUUGGUAAGUGGGGCAAAAUUGUCGAUCACGUUGAAUCAUGUUCUGGUCUCAUGAUGAGGCUAUCCACUACGAUUUCCAGAAAUAAUCUAUUACCAAUAGUCGAAAACAAUUCGUCUGACGCGUUUCUGGAUCCCAAAGUUCUUUCAAGAGUUAGUAAGCUAAAUGCAUUGACGGCCUCGCUUCAGCAUAUACAGGCGAGACUUCAUUUUCUGUCAGAAGAGACAGAAAAUUUUGACCUUAAUUAUGAGCAGAUGGGUGAAGAGAUUAAUGGUCUACUAUCAACCUGGAAAGCAUCUUUAGCAGCAGGUGAUUCAAAUGCGAUGUCUACCUUCAAACGAAAACAUCUGCAAAAUGCUAGUACGUGCACAGAGGCAACUUUAAUUGAAGACCAGUCUUUAGAAAGUGGGCUUUUUGGGCAUGAACCUAAGUUGUCAGAUUUUGAUGACAAUUCCAGUAGCACUUCUAUGGACGAAUCUGUCCGUCAGAGUUAUGGGCCUAUACGAGAUACCGGUCCCAGUUCUCGCAGUACUUCUACCUCUUCCAUGACAAUUCUUGAAGGUAUAGUGGGAAACGAGGGUACUAAGAGAGUAUUCUCUCAACUACCUCGACAAGCAAGGCUUAGUCUCAUGAGACAGCAAAGAGAACUUGAAGCUGAAAGGAAAUCUGUAAGGGCACAGCGAGAUAACUUUGUGUUGGAACUAGGAAGUGUACUGGACCAACGAAAAGCCCACUCUAACCAGUAG